GAACUACGACAUAGAACCGUAAGAAUUUAUAAACGUAGUAAAAGCGCCAUGCAAUCAGGAGAAUUUAAUACUAGACAUUGGAGAAUUGAUUUUGAUACUCUAGGAAGUAGUGGCGGAUGGGAAAAUCCAUUGAUGGGAUGGACUAGCAGCGGUGAUUAUGUGCAAGCUUUACGAAUGAAUUUUGCUUCGAAAGAAGAUGCAAUGCAUUUUGCAGAAAAGCAAGGUAAAUUAUAA